AGGCCUAUCAUUCGUCGUCUAGAACGAAUCGAAGGAAGUUUGUUUUGUUUUCAUUUCUCUUCGAGUCUCAAGCAGAGAAUACCGAAAAUGCCGGAACAAAAGCCCCCGGAAUUCAAGUUUCCCAUGCACAACGUACACUUCAAGCAGACCCUGGGGAACAUAAAAGUGGCUUGCACUCUGGCCCUGAUAGCUCCCCUGCUCCUUUACACCUUGCACAACGUUCCCCGCAAAAGGAAGUACAAGAACUUCUACUCCAACUACGACCCGAUGGACGCAUUCGACCGCAUGAUGAGUGAGGGCUACCUGUCGUCCUGUCCUCCUGGAAGUGGUCCCAAAAAGGACGACAAGAAGGACAAAAAGAAGAAAUAGAUGACAGCCCCUGGAGCACUCCUUCCAACUACUUGACUCUAGAAACAGCCCUACACCAGAAAGGAAGUCGGACACAGAUAUGAAUUCUAAGAAAUUACACAUUGAUCAACCAAUUUUCAAAAUAAGAAGCUCUGAGUCUGAAGCAACCUAAUCGAACUCGAGAAAAGAUAUGAUAGCAAAGUGUAUCAAAUUAGCCAGCUUGCUUCUUGGCGAGACACUCAAUUCAAAUUCGAAAUUUCAAAGAAACAUCUUCGCCCAUCACAUGUUUUUUCGCGUGUUAUAUUGACAACAUUGAUAAAUUGGAGCAUUGCAAACUA